GGGAAGGCGUGCGGGGCUAGGCAGGUAUAUAAGUUGGUUGCAAGACAACACCUUGUAGAAGGCUGUCAGGGAGAUUUGGAGAGGUAGCUGCAGAUCCUGUGCGUGGAGCCUCAAGAAGGGAAGUGUCGGGCUGAGAUGGCUUCUUCUCGUGUUCCCAGACUCCUCCGGGAGGCGCUGCCAGAAAGAAGAGAGCUUCAGGAGAAGUACAAAGCGGACGUGACUCUGGAUCCGGACACGGCGGAAGAGUAUCUCAUAGUGUCUGAGGACAGGAAGUCCGUGACUGCAGCAGACUUCCCCCAGAGUCCACCCCCCAAUCCCAAGAGAUUUGAGCUUGUACCCUGUGUUCUGGGCGCCCAGGGGUUCACCUCAGGGAGACAUUACUGGGAGGUGGAGGUUGGGGAUCAGCGGGAGUGGGCCGUGGGAGUCGCCUUAGAGUCAGUAAAGAGGAAUGAAGGGCUCUCUCUUCAGCCGGAGGAGGGGAUCUGGUGUCAUGGGUGCUGGUGGCUUCGGAGGGCAGCAGACAGCUCUUCUGUUGUGUCCACACAGGGGUGUGUGAAGUCUGGGAAGAUCGGAGUUUGUCUGGAUUAUGAAGGGGGGUGGGUUGGAUUUUAUGAAGAUGGAAAGAUGACUGCAAUGUUGGCCUCCUUCAAGAAGGAAGUCGUUUUCCCCUUCUUGUACGUGGGCUCCACGGUUACCCUCACAAUCUCCCCCUGAGGCACACUGGGACUCGACCUCCCCCCUCUUCCCCAGGAAAGGCACCCCUCUAGCCAUUUUCUGUACAGCCUGCCCUAGCCUCUGCACCCUUGUCUACACACAAGCUUUGCACCAGCAUCUGAUUUAAUUUGAACCGGAGCACACACCUGUGUGAAUGCUCUUAAUUAGGCUCCAAAGUGGUGUGGCUCAAUUUUAAGGGCUUGUCUACAGUCGAUGGGGGAUCGAGGCUGCAGCGAUCGAUCCACCGGCGGUUGAAUUAUUGCGUCUGCUUAGAUGUGAUAAAUCAAUCUCUGAGUGCUCUCCUGACGAUUCUUGCGUUCCACCAGGGUGAGAAGAGUAGCUGGAGCUGACAGGCAAACAGCCCUCACCCACCUUAUUGCGUGGAAGAUACCGCGAUAAGUACAUCGACUUUAGCUACACUCUUUGCAUAGCUGAAAUUGUGCAGGUUAGAUCAGCUGGGGGAAGAAGGGGUCAGUGUAAUGUAGACUAGGCCUAAGUGUUGCCAGCACUUGUAGUUUUCUCAUGUGUGUCAUAAUAUUUGAUUUUUUCUCUUAAAGCCCCAGUUCCCGGAGUCCUGUGAUUCCCUCAGGCUCUGAGCGCUUAUUAAAUCAAGCAAUUAAAAUCA